CAGUGACAUUCCUCGAGACGUCGCUAUAACCGCCGCAGUGCCCUCCUUUGGCUCGGAACCGUAUGUCUCGGGAACUUACCCAAGCGCAAAUGAGACCAAGUCGUCGCGUUCAUGUUACUUUGCGCUCUCUUCCCCUUCCUUCAUGCGCUUCUCGGUAUCGGAGGCGAAGUCGAGCAAGAUGUGACACGCCCCAUGAACGCAACCACGGAGCCUCCAAACAAGUUAGGAAACGGUACAGGCGGAGCAGCUCCCCUCGGAAACCAGCUGCUUGCCAGAGACACCUACGCGGGCUACCCAGUCGGAGAUUCUGAGCACAUCACGCAUCUCAUUCACGCACCCAUUGUAUUGGCGCCGCAAGAUGCAUUCCCUGACCCAACCUCUCCAGUUACCCACUCAGAAAUGGCACCUACACUGUUUGCGUGCGCGUUUGCACAGACACCCAGGCUUGGUGCGCCAGUCUGGUUCGAGGGAAACGAUAAGGGGGAACGUGUGCCGUAUGUCCCAUUCAAGUUCUAUCUCGAAUUCAACGGUAUUCCAUGGAGUACAGCAACAAAAAGUCACCAGCACAAAGGCCCGGGAGUAUCCGGCGGUGUUCAGGGGACUAUGUUCAUCUUAUCAGUGGCGUGUUGACGGCGACAAGAGAUUGGUGGGUCCCAUCCGAAACACCGGCUUUGAUCAGUGACCAUCAUAUAUGAUUCCACGUACUUGUCGAUAAGUUGACCUUACUACUAAGAGUCAACUUCUUAACAUUAUAACAGUGCCUCACUGUGAUCGCCUUUUCGUGAUUCGGAGGUUCCUUUGUAUUCCUCAGUCCUGC